AAGUCAAACGUGACAAUAGUGGAAUUUAGAUGAGUCUUAUCGCUUAUAAUUACACUGUACUUGCGCCGUCCACGCAUAUAUUGGCGGCACUUUGAACGCUAAUAACACGAGGAUUAAAUAUUAAGCCAAUACACGCAAAUUACUAAAUUUAGCCAAACGAGAACGAAAGAGGGGACCAGGAUUAGAACGUAUAACGCGCUUUUAAAACCACGUAGCGAAGACGUGUAAAGAUGACCACGAGAUAAACAAAAUACUUGAAAAGGAGCAAAAGUCAAAUGUAGAGUCUACGGAAAGAGGAAGAUUUUGUCUCGUUUUGAAGCACUUCCAAGCUACGAUGUUACGUCGCCGUUAUACGUCGAUCGCGGAAGAGCCCGAAGACGAAAAGAACACAGCGAGAGGGGCGGAAAGGGCCGAGAGUGCUGCACUUUCAGUUGAUGCAAGGACGAGCGAGGGAAAAAGUCCAAGCGGUAGCACUGAGAACGGCGAGUUGUUGAACCGGCUCGUGUCACUUAAAACUACUAAAUCUUCGGCUUUGAGCGAGGACGAAUCGGGAAGUGAUCGGUAUUCGAUUUCUGACGACGAAUACAUCUUCGCCGAUGACGAAGAUAAUGCGGACUUGAAUGAACCUCCGGACAAAGACAAGCGUUUAUCAGCUAAACAAAACAAUAAUGAUGUCAAAAAUGUGUCUAAAAAGGAAGAGGAGGCCUUAAAAUCGUCAAAACUGACUCAGGAUCAAAUUCGUGAGGUCAAGGAAGCUUUUCAUGUGUUUGACACCAAUGGCGAUGGUUGUAUCACAGCAACUGAACUUAAGAAAUUGGUAACCUCCCUCGGGUACAACAUAACAGAGGCGGAACUCAUGGAUAUGAUGAACCAAAUAGAUGCAGACGGAAAUGGUGCGAUCGACUUCCCCGAAUUCCUCGCGCUGAUGUCAAAAAACUUAGAUGAUUGCGAUCCUGAAGACAUUCUAAAAGAGUCCUUCAAGGUUUUCGACCGAGAUGGCAGCGGUUUUAUUGGAGUCUCUGAACUCGACCGAGUCUUCAAGCUUCUCGGUCAGGACUUUAAAGAUUACGAAAUCGAGGCUAUGAUAAAAGCCGCUGACGUCGAUGGUGAUGGACUCGUAGGCUACGACGAUUUUAUGAAGAUGAUGAAUGUCUGACUGAAGGGUUUUUAGUUUCGUGUGAUCAGAGAUGAUUUCUCCUAAGAAACCCGGUAGAUUGCUACGAAGGCGAGUGGGGAAAAUGACAAACAAUCUUCACUAAUAUCUUACAUCGAUCUCGACCCGAUUUUUUAAAAUCAAUGUCGUGAGAAAAGUGUAAAACUCGGAGAAAGUUGAGGUUAGACACUAAAAUCUCUUCUUCAGAGAUUGACUCUGUUUUCUCAACCAAUCAGAGCGAAGUUAGCUAAAACUAAGCAAUCCCAGAUACUUUUGAAACUCGACAGUAAAUUGCUUCACUUAACUGGCACAAGUGCGGGGUUUUUUUUUUAGUACUCAAGAUGACAAAAAAGCUUCCGGGUAUUUUCAUUUUGGGCCAUAAAGCUAAAACCUAUUCUUUUCAUUUGUUUAAACUGACAUUUGUUCGGCCAAUGCUAAAAGGCAAAAACUUCCUUGUAUUUUCCCGUAAAAUAAACAGCUGUUGAUAAAACUCCCACGUAGAGUCAUCCUAAAUUGUCCCACUCACUCUUCAAGACUUCUGGGAGCCAGUGAGAAUGCGGCAAUUUAGCAAGCACGGCGCGGAGUUUUCCCACGAAACGGCCAGAACCCCGCUAGCUUGUCAAAGCCAACAAGCUGUUUUUUGCCUAACCGAAUUCAAGUUUUCCUUUGACAUUUCACACAUCACCCUAAAUAUUGGAGAGUGGACAAAAAAGAGACAUCUCAUUUAAAAUUGGCUCAUAAAGGGAACAGACCAGCUUCUAAACUGCUUUUUUAAUACUAAAAUAAAUAUUUUGAACAUUUUUGUCAUUUUACCUGACAUUAACCUGUGACAGGUUUGAUGUGUGCAAGAGUUAUGUGUCAUCUUUCAGAAUAAUUUGCGCUUCAAUCUGUACUUAGAAUUGCUAUCACUACAAAAACACUUGAUAUGAAUAACGUAGUUUGAAAUGUCAGAUGACAAUAAAUAUCAAGUAAA